AUGAGAUUAGGUGUGAGUAAGCACGUUGUGCGGUGCUCAAUCGGCACUGUUUCAGGCGAGUCCAAAACCCAUUUUCCCGCCAAAUCACAACCUUCAUCUUUCUCAACUGUCAAGUUCCGCCCCGACAAUGCUUCUUCAGAUUUAUCGGUUUCUAGAAGCAGCAGGAGAGAGCUGAUAUGCAUAGCCACGUGGCCAUGUCUUCGUCCCCUCAUAGGUUGUCUCCCAGCCAACGCCUUGCAGCCUGGUGCAAAGGAAUAUCUUAUCAUUAAAGAAGAGGUGAGGAAGGUGUUGUCUAAGGCAAAGGCAGCUGGCGUGCUUCGAUUGGUUUUCCACGAUGCUGGAACAUUUGACAUCGAUGACAACACAGGUGGUAUGAAUGGUUCUAUAGUCUACGAACUUGAAAGACCCGAAAAUGCUGGCCUAAAAAAAUCAGUAAAGGUUCUGCAAAAAGCAAAGACUCGGAUAGAUGCUAUCCAACCAGUAUCUUGGGCGGACAUGAUUGCUGUAGCUGGAGCUGAAGCAGUUGAAAUAUGUGGAGGUCCAACUAUCCAAGUUUCACUGGGCAGAUUAGAUUCAUUGGUGCCUGAUCCAGAAGGGAGACUCCCAGAGGAAUCUCUUAAUGCUUCUGCUUUGAAGAAAUGUUUCCAGAGCAAAGGCUUAUCAACACAAGAACUUGUGGCAUUGUCUGGAGCCCACACUAUUGGAAGCAAAGGUUUUGGAAGCCCAAAUUCUUUUGAUAAUUCAUAUUAUAAGGUCCUUUUGGAGAAGCCAUGGACGUCUUCAGGUGGUAUGUCGAGUAUGAUUGGUCUUCCUUCAGAUCACGCCCUUGUCGAAGAUGACGAAUGCUUAAGAUGGAUUAAAAAAUACGCAGACAGUGAGAAUCUGUUCUUUGAAGAUUUCAAAAAAGCAUAUCUCAAGCUGGUGAAUUCUGGUGUGAGGUGGACAAACUUGUAA